AUGGGACAAGGACAAAGUCAACCAUAUGAUGAGCAACAACAAUCAUCAUCAUCAUCACCACCACUUCAACAAUCAUCGUCAUCACCAACUACGUCAUCGUCAUCAUCAAACAAACAAAAUGCAGGUGAUAUAUACAAUAAGAUGGGAUACCAUGUGUUACAGGUACAACCCAAUUCACCUGCAUGUGGUCGAUUGGUACCAUUCUUUGACUUUAUAGUAGCAGCCAACCAAGUUGUGUUUGAUGCAGAGGAUAGAAGGUUUGCAGACAUCUUUGGUGGUAAUAUUGGUCAGUCGGUCAACUUGAUCGUCUACAACAUCAAAUCAGACACUACACGUGAGCAAGUGAUCGUACCGUCCAAUACAUGGGGUGGCAGCGGAUUGGCAGGCAUCUCUAUUCGUUUCUGUUCGUGGGAAAAGACCAUGGAGGCAGUAUGGCAUAUACUCGAUGUCUAUGUAAACAGUCCCGCACACGAGUCGGGUCUCCAAACAAAGACAGACUAUAUCGUCGGUACACCCGACAUGAUCUUCAACGACCAAGACGACUUUAUCACACUCAUCAACAACAACAUGUACCGUCCAAUCCAACUCUACGUAUACUCUUCGCUCACCGAGCAAGUCAGACUCUUAACCAUCACACCCAACAAGAAUUGGGGUGGUUCCGGUAGUCUCGGAUGUGAUAUAGGUUACGGUCUAUUACAUAGAAUUCCAACCAAACAAAAUAUUACAUCUCAAUUUGUACCUAUUGAAACAAAAGUAACCAAACAACAACAACAACAACAACAACAUCCUCAACAAGAAGAAAUUCAACCUUUAUUACAACAACAACAACAAACAAAUCAACAAACUUUAACUUUAGAAUCAGUAUCACCAAUCCAAAAAUUACCUGUAGAUAAUAACCAAACAACGCAAUCACAAUCACCUAUUACACUUGAAACUACUCAUAACAAUAUAUCUUCAUCUUCUUCCACUCCUUCCUCUGAACAUCAUCAACACCAACAUCAACAACAACAACAACUGGACUCAUCAAACAAACCAGUAGCUACUUCCUCUGAUCAAUUUACUCCAAUCCAAUUUUAA